AUGCGAACUCUCAAUGGCCAUUUCCUUUUCUUCUCCCUUUUUGUGUCACUUGCGGUAUUCGUUCCAACUCUGCAAGGCCACAUUGGUGAAUUCGAUGAAUACUGGAAGAAGAAAGCCGAUGAAGCCCGUAAAGCCGCCCAGGAGGCUUUCUACCCGGAUCCCUUGAACGUCACCAGCCAGUUUAACUUCCAGGUUAACAAGGUCCUGACGGAGACCAACAGCACUAGAAGGAGCCUGGUAAGGAAAAGAGGCGGAAGAUGCAUAGCCACUAACCCAAUUGAUCGAUGCUGGCGGUGUGACCCGAAUUGGGCCAGUCAUCGACAAAAGUUAGCUGAUUGCGUCCUUGGCUUUGGCCACAAAACUGUCGGGGGAAAGUAUGGAAAGAUUUACGUUGUGACAGAUGCCUCAGACAAUGACAUGCUUAACCCCAAACCUGGAACCCUUCGCCAUGCUGUGAUUCAAAAAGAACCCCUUUGGAUAAUCUUUUCAGGCAGUAUGGUAAUCAGACUCAACCAGGAGCUGAUGGUAGCUAGUAACAAAACCAUUGAUUCCAGGGGAUUCAAAGUUCAUAUUGCUUAUGGUGCUGGCAUUACUCUCCAAUUUGCACAAAAUGUGAUCAUUCAUGGCCUUCGCAUUCAUGACAUCGUUAGCGGAAGUGGUGGACUCAUCAGGGAUUCUGUAGACCACUAUGGAUUCAGAACUAAAAGCGAUGGAGAUGGGAUUUCUAUCUUUGGAUCCUCUAACAUUUGGAUCGAUCACGUUUCCAUGUCCAACUGCCAAGACGGGCUUAUCGAUGUCAUCAUGGGAUCAAAUGCCAUCACCAUUUCCAACAGCCAUUUCACUCGCCACAAUGAGGUGAUGUUGUUCGGUGCAAGUGAUAGCUACUCGGGUGAUUCUAUAAUGCAAAUUACAGUUUCAUUCAAUCACUUUGGUAAGGGAUUGGUUCAGAGGAUGCCUAGGUGCAGAUGGGGUUUCUUCCACGUGGUCAACAAUGACUACACCCACUGGAUGAUGUACGCCAUUGGUGGAAGCCACAACCCUACCAUCGUCAGUCAGGGCAAUCGAUUUAUUGCUCCUGGUAACACUUUUGCUAAGGAGGUGACCAAGAGGGAUUACGCAGUAGAGAGCGAGUGGAAGAAUUGGAAUUGGAGAUCUGACAACGAUCUCAUGAUGAACGGAGCAUUCUUUGUUCAAUCCGGGAGCCCCAUCACUUCAAGCAGGCGGAUCUCAAGGUUUCACGUGAUGAAAUCGAAACCAGGAACAUUUGUGACCAGGCUCACUCGAUUUUCUGGUUCACUUGGCUGCUUUAAGGGAAAGCCUUGCUAGAAACUUUACGCCUUCCAUCAACUCCUCUGCAGACAUAAUCAAAGCCUGAUCAUGUUGCUGAUAAAUAUAGCGGAUAUAGAAAUGUAUGCGUCUGUUUUCGAGUUUGCUUGAAGUGAAC